CGUGGCGCGGUUUCCGCCGCAGUUCUCAAGUAUUCGGAAUGAUAUAUGGCGGGCUCACUUUUGCUGUGUAGGUGUCUGCCGCGCAAGCGAUCUGUGUGAUCAUGUGGUUUGCAAGCUGGCUGGCUCAUCAUCAUCUCUGAGAAAGCUUGUCCAAUACCGCGGCACAAGCCCGCUGUGUUGAGCAGUGAUAGUUCUGUGCGGUUACGGACGGCUGCACAUGCGGCUGACGACGCUGGCAGUCAUGGCCCAAACCGCGGCAGCAGUCGCCAUCCCGCGCCUGGGUCUCGGCAGCGCCGAGGGCCCGCCGCACGAGGCGAUGGCGAGCGCGGUCGACGCGGCCGUGCGCAGCGGCGUGCUCAUGAUCGACACGGCGCAGAACUACGGCAGCGAGGCGGCCAUCGGCGACGGCCUGCGCCGGAGCGGCCGCGACGACGUUUUUGUGUUGUGUGAGGCAGUGCAUGAAUCACGACCUCCACGGCCGAGCCCCCGACUCACUGGUUGAUUUUCGCACAGAUGCAAAGUCGACCUCUGCACGCGGAGCCGGGAGGACCCGCGGCGGCGCAUGCGGCGCCAGGUGACGGAAUCGAAGCGAAAGCUUGGGCGCCUCGACGCUGUCGCCCUGCAUUGGCCACUCCUCCUAGAUGCGCCGGCUUCUGAAGACGACGCGCGGUCAGUGCGCGCCGACGCGUGGCGCGAGCUCGAGGCCAUGGUCGACGAGGGUCUUGUCGGCUGCCUCGGGCUGUCGAAUUUUGACGUGGAGCUCAUGGAUGAGAUCAUCGCGCUCGCCCGGCACCGGCCUGUCCUCAACGAGGUCGAAGUAUCUCCCCGGUGCUACCAGGAGGAGCUAAUGGCGGCGUGCGAGGCGCGGGGCGUGCGCGUCGUGGGAUAUUCUCCAUAUGGGACCUGUUGGCUGGCAAAGUACUUUCCGUCCUUCGUGCCCUGGCCCGCAGCAAGCGUCCUCGACGACGCGACGGUCGCGGCCGUCGCGGCCGAGGCCGGGUGCACGCCGGCGCAGGCCUGCGUGGCCUGGGCCAUGGCCAAGGGCGCCGCGCCGAUCCCGAAGAGCCUCGACCCGGAGCGCGUCCGCGCGACGGCGCGCUGCCUGGACGACGUCGCGCUCACGGCCGACCAGGUCGCGCGGCUCGACGCGCUCCGCGACCCGCGCCGCGGCGUCGAGGCGUCCCUGGCGGCCCACGCGCGCAUCAUCGCGUCGCCGGACUACGCCUGGGACCCGACAUAAGUGGGC